AUCACCGGCGCAGACACGCACAGGACUAUUCGCGGACCGCGUGUGAACACCGAUUACCAGCCGGUGUUGCGCGCGGCGCUCAACGCUCCUGUUCUACUAGACGCGAGUUUUUUUGCAGUUGAACGUUCGCGUUAAACACUUUGAAUAUGUGCAAGAAGGCAGUGGUGACGCUGGUUUUCCUGGCGCUGCUGCAGAACGGAACGGCCGAAGCUCCCGAGAGGGAAGAGAUCCUGAGGCGAACGCUGCCGGUCUACGGUUUAGCGGCGGCUGCAAGUUCGAGCGUACUCGAGGGGAGCGACGACGCCAAGUGUCGCAGCGAACUCGAGCUUUUUAGGAGGGCCGUCGACGACGGCAUACUUUGGGCUAUGAAGAUGCUGGAUUCGAGCGGCGAGCCGAAGCCCGGAUUCAUAUACGGUAACAACUACUGGCUGGGCAGCAGGAGCCAGUGCCUGGACACGCGGAACCGUGCCCCCUUCGUUCUCCACUCGGACGUUAUGGGCAAUAAUUCCAGGCUCCGAGAACCGAGUCAAGAAUUUCCGCCAUAUGGGGUCAACUACUUCGUGGCGUACUUUAGGCACAAUAGCACGAUGCAGUACCACGUCAGGCUGCCCAACGAGGACCUCGUGAGUUUGGGACUAUGUCUGCCGGACUCGUGUUCGACGAGCGAAUUGGGCGAGAUUCUGAGCGCGAUGUUUAAAGAGAGAAGCCUGAUCGUCGGCGACCUCUACUCUGCGGACUUUCGACUGGUCCAGGUCAGAGAUUUGAAAGAUGAUCAUCUCUGGCUGCUAAACGGAAGAAUCAUUUUUAUCAAACUUGUCGUAGCAUCGAUCCUCGCGUUGAUGCUAGUCGGCACAGCUUACGACGUGAUGCUGCGUCGAGAACGAGUAGUCUUCGAGAAGGAGGAAUCCGAGCUCUGCGAAAACAACAAUGAAAGAAUCAAGCUGAGCGACAACUUGGAGGCGGCCGUGGUGAAGAGGAAAGGAAAACCCGCAGUCAUGGGCAAGAUCCUGCUCUGUUUCUCGGUGUACUCGAACACGAGGACGAUCUUCAGUACGAAGCUUAACAGCAACUCCGUCGCGCCCAUCCACGGCUUGAGGUUCCUCGGAAUGGUCUGGAUCAUCAUGAUCCACACGAUUUUUUAUAUGAGUGACUAUGCUGACAAUAAGCCCUGGUCCUGGAGAAUCGCGGAAGGUUUCGCCGUACAAGUAAUAAGCAACUCUACUCUGUCCGUCGACACGUUCUUCUUUCUGAGUGGCUUUCUCGUCGCAUACAUGUACCUCACGGCUCACAGAGACGACAGGCCCGGCAAACCGAAUUACGGGCUCAAAGUUUUGGAAUUUAUCGUCACGCUGUUACGACGUUUUAUACGUUUGACCCCUGCAUACAUGAUGAUGGUGGGGAUUUUGCAGCUCAACGCCUCUUGGUACGGCAGGACUUCGCAAUUUCACAUGACCGAGCGACCCCACGAGACUUGCGAAAAGUACUGGUGGAGAAACGUACUUUACAUUAAUAAUCUCUUCGGCAGAGACACAAUGUGCAUGUCGUGGAGUUGGUACUUGUCGAAUGAUAUGCAGUUUUUCAUAAUCGGCAUUUUCUUGUUGAUUCUCUCUUCUGUAUAUUUUAAAACGGCAGCAGUGAUUCUGCUGUGCUUGUUAAUUGGCUCGAUUACCAGUACCGGUUAUAUAGCGUACAUUAACGAUUACGUGCCCACAAUGGAUCAGCAGUAUCACAUGCUGGACGUGUUGUACGAUCCGCCGUGGACGAGAAUCGGCCCCUAUAUAGUCGGAAUGAUAACGGCCUACAUUGUUAUAAGACUGAAUAAUAAGCUAGAAUUACGACGAAGAACCGUCGUGACAGGUUGGCUACUCGGUAGCUCGUGCAACCUGGUCGUGCUCUUUGGCCUCGUCGAUAAGCAAAUAUCCGUACUUUUAUCCGCUUUCUACGUUGCCUUCAGCAGAACUGUCUGGGCAAUUGGUCUGGCUUGGCUCCUCGUCGCUUGCUGCACAAAGCAUGGAGGAAUAGUGAAUAAAAUACUAUGCUUUAAGGCCUGGAUUCCACUAAGCAGACUGACGUAUUGCGCUUAUCUGCUUAAUCCCUUUCUCAUUAAUUCGAUUUACCUGCACAGCGAAUCGGCUGUUCACGUGGACUUUCUUCCAAACGUAAGUCGGAAACGUAAGCAAACUAAGUUUGAACAAGUCUAUACUGGUGAUAACAUAACUUUUGUAAUCUGCGUGCAGGGUGCUAUAUUCCUGGGAAACUUGAUGAUGACGUAUUUGUGCUCGUACGCGCUUUCCCUUAUGCUGGAGACGCCGACGGUCCUGCUGAUGCGCUCGUUCUUCGGUGUCAGAAAGCGAUGAUGCAGCGUGCAGCGCCGCAAUCGCGGUUUUACUUUUUAUUUCUUCGGAUAUAGUCCACUUCGAGGCCAAAUCGAAGCGCGUGCGAAAAAAGACUUCGAUAAAAAGCAGAAACUCACACAAUUUUCUCCUCUUCUUAGCUUUAUAUUAUAUCAAAUCUUUGUUAUACCGUUCACUACAUGUAUAAAUGUACGAUUGUUUGUGUUUUCAUUUUAUCCCUAAGAUUGUAAUAUAUACAUAUACAUACUUUAAA